AUGUCCUCCUUCAACAUGUUUGGGGACCAGUUUUUAGAAUAUGUCGGGAUAGACAUCAGCGACUUUGCCACUCAGCCUGAUCCUUUUGAGGCUGUUGGUCUGGGGAAGACGGAGCCGGAGGAAAUCACAGAUGACCUGAUGGAGCAGCUGGGCAUUGCAGAUGAGGUUUUUUCACAACCGGACCCGUUUCUGCAACAGACAGAUUUGUCCAUUCCAUCAUCCUCCAACCGAUUUGUGCCCCCCAUGACCACCUCUGCCAUUGAGGAAAAGCGGAAGGCGAGGAUACCAGAGAAGACCAAACAGUCCACUCGGUGGGGCAAGGCUGUGUGGGAUGACUGGGCGCGAGCUCAGAAUUCCUUGCGCACAGUCGGGGACGUGGAGCCUGGGGAUAACUACUUUAUCAUCCCGGUGGACCUCAGCGAAACGUCUCCAGAGGAGAUGGGCUUCUGGCUAUCGAGAUUCGUGUUCGAGAUCCGCCGUCAGGAUGGCAAGCCGUACCCUCCCAAAACGCUUUAUAACAUCGUCGCGGCCAUCAUGCGGCAUUUCAGGGAAGACCUGUCACGACACGACAUGAACUUUCUCGACAAAAGUGACACGAGAUUUGCGGAGUUCCGAAAGGCCUUAGACGCCCGGAUGAAGGAGCUGACGGCACAGGGAGUUGGAACCACCAAGCGCCAAGCAGACCCGCUGACACCCGAGGAUGAGGACACAUUGUGGGCCACCGGGACAGUCUCUACCAAGACAGCAACCGGCCUAUCCAAUGGUGUAUUCCUCUACAACUGUAAGAUCUUCGGCCUCCGCGGCAUGGAUGAACACAGGCACCUACAAGUCGAACAGUAUGCGUUCGGCGUCGACCAGACGGGUCGGUACAUGAAGUUCACUGGACGCGUGAGCAAAAAUGUACAAGGGGGGCUCAACCAUCGACAGGUUGACGUCAAGUCCAUCAAGCAGUACGCCGAUAAUACAAACCCCAGGUGUGUGGUCCACCUGUUUGAGUCUUAUCUGAAUGCCCUCCCGGAAAAACGUGGCAGUUUCUACCGACGGCCCCUCGCCAACAGCAACCCGCCCAGAUGUUCCCUUCAAGUCGUCGGCGUCAACAAGUUAAAGACAUACAUGAAGACCAUGUUCGAGAAGGCAGGGAUCAACCUUCAGGGCAGAAACAUCAGCAACCACAGUGGCAAGGUGACCUGUGCCACGCAGAUGUGGGAGGCCGGGUUCGACGAGCAGACUAUCAUGGGUCGGACGGGCCACAGGUCAAAUGCAGUGAGAGCCUACAAGCGUCCCAGUAACACACUUCUGCAGGACGUGAGCAACAAGCUCCAGCCUCCAAAACCACAGCACAAGAAACCAGCUACCAGUACAGUAACAACAGAAGAAAACACCACCACCACUGGAGUUCAGCCCACCAUCAACAACUUCAACAACGUGCCUACUACCGUGCCUACCAUUCUACCACGCGCCAGCGCUCCACGCCUGUCAAUUGAACACCCGAACGGACUAAAAAUCACUAUGGACUUCUGA